AUGGCGUUCGGAAAGCUCUUCACCUACCCGGCUAACCCCCGCACCACGGCCAUCCGUGCCGUCGCGAAGGCCAACAACGUCGACCUCGAGUUCAUCGAGGCUGACCCUACCAAGCCCUCCGUUGAGCACCUCAAGGCCAACAAGCUCGGCAAGGUCCCCGCCUUCCUUGGCGAGGAUGGCUACCCUCUCUCUGAGUGCAUCGCCAUUGCCAUCUACAUCACCUCCCAGAACGAGAAGACCACUCUCCUCGGCAAGACCAAGCAGGACUACGCCUCCAUUCUCAAGUGGAUGUCCUUUGUGAACUCCGAGGUCCUCCCCCCCAUGGGCGCCUGGUACCGCCCUCUCCUCGGCAAGGACCCCUACAACAAGAAGGCUGUUGAGGACUCCUCCAAGGUCGCCCUCAAGGCCAUCAAGGUCAUUGAGGAGCACCUCCUCAGCAACACCUACCUCGUUGGCGAGCGCAUCACCCUCGCCGACCUCUUCGCCGCUGGCAUCAUUGCCCGUGGCUUCGAGUUCUUCUUCGACAAGGCGUGGCGCGCGGAGAACCCCAACGUCACCCGUUGGUACCAGACCAUCAUCAACCAGGACAUCUGGACCGCCGUCACCGAGAAGCAGGAGUUCCUCGAGACCCCCAAGCUGACCAACGUCGCCCCCAAGAAGCCUGAGCAGCCCAAGAAGGAGGCUGCCCCCAAGCCUGCCCCCGCUCCCGCUGCUGAGGAGGCUCCCGCCGCCCCUAAGCCCAAGCACCCCCUUGCUGAGCUCCCCCGCGCCACCUUCGACCUUGAGGAGUGGAAGCGUCAGUACUCCAACAUCAAGAACCACGAUGAGGCCAUGCAGUGGUUCUGGGACAACGUCAACCUCGAGGAGUUCUCUCUCUGGAAGGUGAAGUACAAGUACAACGACGAGCUCACCAUGACCUUCAUGUCCAACAACCUCAUCGGCGGCUUCAACAACCGUCUUGAGGCUUCCCGCAAGUUCAUCUUCGGAUGCGCUGCCGUCUACGGCACCAACAACGACUCCGUCAUCGAGGGCGCCUUCGUCAUCCGUGGCCAGGACUACAAGCCCGCUUUCGAUGUCGCUCCCGACUACGAGAGCUACGACUUCGAGAAGCUUGACGCUUCCGCACCCGAGACCAAGAAGUUCGUCUCUGACUCUUGGGGAUGGGAGGCUCCCACUACCCACAACGGCAAGGAGUACCCCGUUGCCGACGGCAAGGUCUUCAAAUAA